AUGUGGAAAGCAUUAAAAGGGAGUGAAACAGGAUUAGGAUGGGAUCCCAUAAAAGGCACAGUUAUUGCUCCUGAUGAAUGGUGGAACAAAAAAAUUAAGGAAAAUUCAAAUUUUACAAGAUUUCGAGAGAAAGGAAUUAGACAAGAGCUUUAUGAAAACUAUCGAGAAUUAUUUCUAGGAACUGUGGCUACUGGAGAAUUUGCAUAUGCACCAUCAUCUGGAGUUUUACCUAAUGAAACUCAGGAGAGGCAACAAUUUAAUACCGCAGAUCAUGUUGAGGAGAAUAUUAAUGCAGAAUCUAAUUUUGAUGAUGAUUUAGAUGAAAUGAUGAACGCUGGUUUUGGAUCUGAAGGUUCAUUCAGUCAAGCAGUAAGUGAAAAUGUGGGUUUAGAGAAUACAAAAAAUGAUAAUAGUCAACAUAAUGUGCAAAAACAAAAGAGGAAAGAGUUGUCUAAUGACCCUGCAAUAAAGAAAAAAAAGGAUAAUAAGGGCGAAAAGGUUUCAGGCGCUACACAGAUGACUGAUACAGUUAAAGAGCUAAAAGAAACUAUAAAAGAGACCAUGGAGCCUAAGACUGCAACUAUGUGUAGUCUUUUGGGAGAUUGCCCAGGUUGUUCUAUUGAAGAAGUUAUGAAAGAUGUAUUAACUUUGCCAUUUAUAGAGAAAGGAAGCAAUAUUCAUUUUUUUUGCACACUGUUACUUGAUCAAAAGUCAAAAAGAGAGAUGUACAAUACUCUCAAAGAUGUAGAAACAAAGUGGAAAUGGCUUCAAUUUCAUUUCUCAUUAUGGACUAAUGGUGUGUGGAAGCCUUCUACUUAG